CGCGCCCACACUUACUCACCUUCCUCAUCCAUCCUCCUUCGCCAUGUUCACCGCUGCUCGUUCCCUCCGUUCUGUUGCCCGCGCUGGCAACUAUGCUGGCAUCCCGCGGUCCAUGAUCGCGCGGAACAUGAACUCAAAAGUCAAUGGCCCCGUCGUCGGUAUUGAUUUGGGGACAACGAACUCUUGCGUCUCCGUUAUGGAGGGCAAGACGGCGCGUGUCAUCGAAAACUCCGAGGGCGCACGAACAACACCCUCCGUCGUCGCAUUCACAAAACACGGCGAGCGAUUGGUUGGUCUCCCGGCCAAGCGUCAAGCUGUCGUGAACUCGCAGAACACGGUGUUCGCGUUCAAGCGUCUCAUUGGUCGUCAGUUCAACGACGCGGAGGUGAAGACGGAUAGGGAGCACUGGCCUUUCAAAGUCGUGUCGAAGUCUGAUGGUCGACCUGCUGUUGAGGUAGACAACGGCGACAAGAAACAGGUCUUCUCCGCAGAAGAGCUGUCCUCAAUGGUCCUUGUUAAGAUGAAGGAGACUGCCGAGCAGUUCCUCAACAAGAAAGUGAACCAUGCCGUCGUUACUGUCCCUGCGUACUUCAAUGACGCACAACGGCAAGCAACGAAGGAUGCAGGUCAAAUCGCCGGCCUGGAUGUCCUGCGUGUCAUCAACGAGCCGACCGCGGCUGCCCUUGCCUACGGUCUCGACCGCGUGGACAACGCUGUCAUCGCCGUAUACGAUCUUGGUGGCGGUACCUUCGAUAUUUCCAUUCUGGAGAUGCAGAAGGGCGUCUUCGAAGUCAAGUCGACUAACGGUGACACCCACCUCGGUGGUGAAGACUUCGACAUCGUCCUCGUUCAGCACAUCCUGAACGAGUUCAAGAAGGAGUCUGGCCUCGACCUCAGCCAAGACCCCAUGGCCAUCCAGCGUGUCCGUGAGGCUGCGGAGAAGGCGAAGAUUGAGCUCUCCUCGACUUCGCAGACGGAGAUCAACCUUCCCUUCAUCACUGCUGAUGCCUCUGGUCCCAAGCACAUCAACCUCAAGAUCCUCCGGUCGCAGUUCGAGGGAUUGGUCAACGGCCUUAUCUCGCGGACCAUUGACCCGUGCAAGAAGGCGCUUACGGAUGCAGGCGUCAAAGCGAGCGAGGUCAACGAGGUCAUCCUCGUCGGUGGCAUGACGCGUAUGCCCAAGGUCGUUGACACCGUCAAGACCAUCUUCGGCCGCGACCCUAGCAAGGGUGUCAACCCCGACGAGGCCGUUGCCAUCGGUGCCUCGAUCCAGGGUGGUGUUUUGGCGGGCAACGUCACGGACAUCCUGCUCCUCGAUGUCACACCGCUCUCGCUCGGUAUCGAGACCCUUGGUGGUAUCAUGACGAAGCUCAUCCAGCGGAACACCACCAUCCCGACGAAGAAGACGCAGACCUUCUCGACUGCGGCUGAUGGCCAGACCGCCAUCGAGGUCAAGGUCUACCAGGGCGAGCGUGAGCUCGUCCGGGAUAACAAGCUCCUCGGCAACUUCAACCUCACCGGCAUCCCGCCGGCGCCGAAGGGUGUCCCCCAGAUCGACAUCACGUUCGACAUUGAUGCUGAUGGUAUCGUCCAUGUCAAUGCCCGCGACAAGGCGACUAACAAGGACCAGUCGAUGACCAUCGCUUCGUCAUCCGGUCUCAGCGACAAGGACAUUGAGCGCAUGGUUGCUGAGUCUGAGCAGUACGCCGAGGAAGACAAGGCCAGGAAGGUCGUCAUUGAGGAGGCCAACAAGGCCGAGUCUGUCUGCUCGGAUACCGAGAAGGCUAUGAACGAGUUCAAGGAGCAGAUCGACGCGACCGAGAAGGAGAAGGUCGAGAAGCUGGUUGCUGAGCUCCGCGAGAUUGCUGUCAAGGGCCAGGCUGGCGACGCCACCAUCUCUGCUGACACCAUCCGGGAGAAGAUCAAUGAGACGCAGCAGGCGUCCCUCGGCCUCUUCCAGAAGGUCUACGAGAAGCGCAACCAGGAGGCGGCCAACGAGGCCAAGCCGGAGGACCCCAAGCCUGAGGGCGAGAAGAAGGAUUAAGUUCCCACUCUUCCCGUCGUCGUCUUCAUCUUCCUGCAUUCGCUGCUGCAUGCUUCAUCGUACGCACACGUCGCCUCCCGCUCUCGCAUCAUGACCUCCUUGUCACGUCUCGUCGCGCAUGUCCGUCGGCAUCCAGUCCUUCACGAAUCGUCCAGCAUAGAGCAAAAGUAAUGUUAUGCACGCUAUUACUUUACGUCUCGUCGCACGUUAUCCUCGUCACGGCUUAGUAUACAUAUGUAGUUAGUACCUGAACAAUGACCACCCCACUCUCAGCAUUGCUUCAUUUUGA